GGGUGUGGCCAAGUUAAUCAUAAAAUGGCGUUCAUCUCAUCACUUCUUUUUCCUCUUCAUUAUUUUAACUAGCAAGGCAAGGGAUUGAGACAAUGAGUAGACUCUACCAGGAAAGCCUUCUUCUUCAGAUGCAGCCAGGACCACCAAACACGUCACAACCUACUAGACUGCUCCACCCUCCAAAGCCUCAGUCAAUGUCAAGGGAUGUGAUGCCUCAUCACAUUACCAUUACUGAUGAUGAAGGUGAUGAGAGACGCCCCUCAAGGAGCAUUAGUCGUUAUGGUGUCCCGUUAUACAACUACCAACAGAUACCACCUUAUUUGAAAGGGAACCCUUAUAUCUUUGGUGGAUAUAGAGCUCAUAUUCCUAUAGGGCUCUGUAUGAGGAGUUUGUUUAUCUGGUCCAACGAGACAAUGAAUAUCUGGACACAUCUCUUAGGAUUUCUUUACUUCUUUUAUUUGCUCAUUAAUGACAAUCUCUCACUCCUCGAAGACAGUCACAGUGACUUUGGCGACAAUCUUACAUUCACGCUAAUGGACUCAGCAUUCAUGACUUGUAUGUUUUGUUCUGCAGCAUUUCAUCUUUUUAAUUGCAUAUCAGAAUCAGCGAGUAAGAUAUGGCUCAGACUCGAUUUAGGCGGGAUAUCUGUUGGUCUUUGCGGCUGUUACUUCCCCGGAGCUUAUUAUGCUUUCUAUUGUCAUGCAUAUUGGCAGUUAGCAUAUCUAGUGGCACUGUUGAUAUUAGCUGUAGGAAGUAUGGCAGUACAACUUCAUCCUCAGUUUCUGUCAUCACAAUGGCACUAUAGGAGAUUGUUUCUUUAUUCUAUUCUAAUAUUUGCUGGAAUGAUACCAGUAACUCAUUGGGCACUUACUAAUGGUGGAUUUAACUCACCACUAGUCUUGGUUUUUGUUCCAAAAAUAGCAGUAAUGUACCUAUUGGCAAUCAUUGGUGGGACGUUUUAUGUCACAAAGUUUCCAGAGUGUCAGUUUCCAGGUCGUGUAGAUUUUCUUGGUUCUAGUCAUCAAUGGUGGCAUCUAUUUGUAUUCCUUGGUUAUGCAUGGAUUCAUCAUUGUACCAUACUAAUAUAUAAUUAUUGGAUGGUUCAUUCUUGUGAAGAGCAUUUUCAAAAGCACCAGUCACUCUCCAGUAUAUUGGGAAUAACUGAUUGAGCCGGCAAUUUUGAAGCUUUUAAGACUAUUUUAUUUCAUUUUAAUUUAUUAUUUAUGCACAGGAUUUAACCAUGGAUUGGCUUUUAAAGAAUUUUAAUAGAUACAAUAAUAAUAAAUACAGACAUAAAAUAUAAAAAUGCAAGCACUCACAUUUAAAAAUUAGUCAUUUUCAUGAAUGCUAUAGUAUGGUACAUCAGUAAAUUCUUCCAUUUUUUCAUGCUCUUCUCGUCUUAA